CCCGCGCCGCAGCGACAAGAUGGCGGCGGGCGGCAGCGGGCGCGCGUCUUGCCCGCCGGGGGUCGGGCCCGGGGCGGGCAGCCUGGGGCCCAGCGCCAACGCGGCCGCGGCCCCCAGCAACGCUGCCGCCUGUGCCCCGGGGCCUCCGCCGGCCCCGUCCCCGCCGCCUGGGCCCGGGACUGACGCGCAGGCCGUGGGCGACGAGCGCGACGACGCGGGCCCGGGCGCGCUGCUGCGCGAGCCCGUGUACAACUGGCAGGCCACCAAGCCCACGGUGCAGGAGCGCUUCGCCUUCCUCUUCAACAACGAGGUGCUGUGCGACGUGCACUUCCUGGUGGGCAAGGGGCUCAGCUCGCAGCGCGUCCCCGCGCACAGGUUUGUGCUGGCUGUGGGCAGCGCUGUCUUUGAUGCCAUGUUCAACGGGGGUAUGGCUACCACGUCCUCUGAGAUUGAGCUUCCUGAUGUGGAGCCUGCGGCCUUCCUGGCACUGCUCAAGUUCCUGUACUCGGAUGAAGUGCAGAUUGGACCCGAGACAGUGAUGACCACACUGUACACAGCCAAGAAGUACGCGGUGCCCGCGCUGGAGGCUCACUGUGUGGAGUUCCUGAAGAAGCACCUGCGGGCCGACAACGCCUUCAUGCUGCUCACACAGGCACGGCUCUUCGAUGAACCACAGCUGGCCAGCCUGUGCCUGGAGAGCAUAGACAAGAACACGGCUGACGCCAUUGCUGCCGAGGGCUUCACCGACAUUGACCUGGACACACUGGUGGCGGUGCUGGAGCGAGACACCCUGGGCAUCCGUGAGGUUCGGCUCUUCAAUGCAGUCGUGCGCUGGUCGGAGGCUGAGUGUCAACGGCGGCAACUUCAGGUGACACCUGAGAACAAGAGGAAGGUGCUGGGCAAGGCCCUGGGGCUCAUCCGCUUCCCCCUGAUGACCAUUGAGGAGUUUGCAGCAGCCAGCCCUCUGCCCGCAGGCCCGGCACAGUCCGGCAUCCUGGUGGACCGGGAGGUGGUCAGCCUCUUCCUACAUUUUACUGUCAACCCCAAGCCACGUGUGGAGUUCAUUGAUCGGCCCCGGUGCUGCUUGCGGGGCAAGGAGUGUAGCAUUAACCGGUUCCAGCAGGUGGAGAGCCGCUGGGGCUACAGCGGCACCAGUGACCGCAUCAGUUCCUUCCGCAGGUUCUCGGUCAGCAAGCGCAUCUUUGUGGUGGGCUUUGGGCUCUAUGGAUCCAUCCACGGGCCUACUGACUACCAAGUGAACAUCCAGAUCAUCCAUACGGACAGCAACACGGUCCUUGGCCAGAAUGACACAGGUUUCAGCUGCGACGGUUCUGCCAGCACCUUCCGUGUUAUGUUCAAGGAGCCCGUGGAGGUCUUGCCCAGUGUGAACUACACCGCCUGUGCCACGCUGAAGGGCCCGGACUCGCACUAUGGCACCAAAGGUCUACGCAAGGUGACCCAUGAAUCCCCUACCACAGGGGCUAAGACCUGCUUCACCUUCUGUUACGCAGCUGGGAACAACAAUGGCACAUCUGUGGAGGAUGGGCAGAUCCCCGAGGUCAUCUUCUACACCUAGGCCAUUCACCCAGGUCACCCUGCCAGCCACAGGCUGCCUCCCUCCCCACCACUUCCCACAUCAUCACGGAAGAGGCUGCCUGUGUCCACCGUGACAAGUAAGACCGCCUGUCCCAAGGCACUGGGGAGGUGGUUAAGCCAUGGGCUGGGCCCUUUCGAGACAGUCACUCAGUCUUGGGGGCAGAGUGCCUGGCCUUGGAUGGACAGCGGUCAGUCCCUGAAGCUCAGGACAGCAGGCCAGCUCCAAGCCCGGUGCUGUCCGGCCCCUCCGUUCUCUGCAACUGCACAUGCAAUGCACUCGAGCCCACACUCGGCUGGAGCCGCCCGGCCUCUCCUCCAGCCGUCUGGGCUUCGUCCCUUUCCAGCUCCGCUGCUCCAUGGGGCGUCCCAGGUCUGACCUGUGCGCUGUUGCCCCCUGAAGCCUUGGCCUCCUGGGCACGUACACAGAGUUUCUGGGAGCUCUGUCCUUCUGGGAGCUCUGCCCUAGCGUGGGUGACAUGUGGGCUAUGGUUCUUACUUCUCAUAGCAGCAGCAGUGCCUGGCCAGCGCUGUCCACCCAUCUGAAGCGGACAGGCUCUCACUGGUGUGUACAGCGGCGCUCAGCCUUGAGCCUGCAGGGCCUGAGCCAUGCGCGGGUCAGACCCAUCAAGAUGCGCUGGGUACCUGCCAGCCUCACGUGGAACCCAGGGCGACCACAGAACACCCCUGUACAUACCACAGCCCUGGCCCUCUGACAGGCCACCACACACCUGUCCAGUGAUGUUCCACAAGGCGCAAUCUCCAGUUUGGGGUUUCACUUCCUCAUGUCUCUGUACCAGUGGCGGCCUGCCUAGAACCCAUGCCCAUCCCAAAGCCAUGGGAGGUGUGCCCUCCACACUGUGUCCCCAAAUGAUUUUUUUUUUAAAUAAAGGAAAACAUCUGCCUUGAAGCAC